UCUAUCAUUCAUAAUAUGUUCUUAAAUAAAGAUUCUUACUAUUUUAGUCGCUGGAGCUUCAUCUUCAUCCUCUCAUUCGCAAUAGGGUUGAAUCUAAUUUCUGGAAUGAUCGUGGUCCUUCUUGCAAGAAAGUUUUACUUGAAAAAUAAAAAAUUAGUGUACUCGAUGGUAGGGGUUAACUUUGUUCUAGUUUGUGGGAUUGGUUAUGCGGUGCUUGUCUGUUUAGAGAAGAGGCGGGACUCAAGGAAGAAUGAUCAUGAGAUGGCAAAUGUUGAGAAUCUUGAGAUGGACAAUGAAUUUGAGAAUGGAACGGGUCCGAAGAGGUUCUCAUAUGAUGAACUCGUUUCUGCAACUCGUAACUUCAACGAGGAAGGAAAACUUGGACAAGGAGGAUUUGGAGGAGUUUACAGAGGGUUUUGUCCUAAUUUAAAUUUGAAUGUUGCAGUUAAGAGAGUAUCAAAAGGAUCACAACAGGGGAGAAAAGAAUAUCAAUCGGAAGUAAGAAUUAUUAGCCGGUUAAGACAUAGAAAUCUAGUUAAACUCAUAGGCUGGUGCCACGAAAGAAAUGAGUUGCUCCUCGUUUACGAGUUCAUGCCAAACAGAAGCCUCGAUAAGCAUCUAUUCCAAGGGGAAAAUAUUCUUUCUUGGGAAGUUCGACGCAGAAUUGCUCUUGGUUUAGCUUCUGCAUUGUUAUACCUACAUGAAUUAUGCGAACAGUGUGUGCUCCACAGAGAUAUUAAAUCAAGUAAUGUUAUGUUGGACUCAGAUUUUAACACCAAACUAGGUGAUUUCGGUUUAGCCAGGCUUGUUGAUCAUGGGAAAGGAUCACAAACAACUGUUGCAGCAGGAACAUGGGGUUACUUAGCACCGGAAUAUGCUACCACGGGUAAAUUUAGUAAAGAACCGGACAUUUACAGUUUCGGAAUUGUAGGACUUGAGAUUGCUUGUGGGAGAAAGUCUAUCGAUGUAUCUAUGGAACUCUCAUUAGUAGAGUGGGUUUGGGGUUUUUAUGGAAAAGGUAAGAUUGUUGAGGCAGCCGAUGAAAAGUUAAAAAUGGAAUUCAAUGAGUUGGAAAUGGAACGCUUAAUAGGUUUAGGAUUAUGGUGUGCUCAUCCUGAUUCUAAAUCAAGGCCUUCAAUCACCCAAGUGAUUAGUGUUCUUAGAUUUGAAUCUCCAGUGCCUCUGCUUCCACUUGAGCUACCAAAACCGGUAUAUCCAGCAAUGCCAUCUAUACAUGGGUUGCCUUCAUCUGCUGGUUUUACCGAUUCAGAACUUAUGGCCGACGUAGAGCCGGAACUAGAAAUCCAGUAAGGAAGGGGCUUGACAAACUAGUAGGCUUAACGAUU